AUGUUGACAAAGUUGACAGCUGGACGGCCAUUCUACAUUGUCCUCGAUGCUAUGGAUGAAUGCAAACUGGAUAUUCGGAACCCCUUACUCAAUGCCCUCAAAAGCAUCACCGAAGAUGUUCGAAUUUUGGUCACUGCCAGGCUCCUCGAGAAACGCGAUGAGUUAUCGGAAGGUUUCGACAAAUUGCCGAUCACGGCUCAGACUUCGGAUGUUGAUGAAUACAUUGAGUUCAUGAUAAGCGAAGACUCGGAACUCCGAAAGUGCUCGAGGGAUGAUAUUAAACGCACAGUGCGAAGGAAAGCUGGUGGGAUGUUCCUUCUGGUCAGACUUCACAUGCACGCACUGAGCAAUCUCGAUAGCCCUGAGGAGAUUGCCGAUGCUCUUGCGAACUUACCAAAAACGGUGGAUGAAAGCUACGCAAACGCGAUUGCACGUGUCAACACGAAGGAUCCGCAGAGAAAAUUGCUUGCCCGUAUAGUCCUCGCCUGGAUGUCUUACACUUUCCGGCCAUUGAAGUUCCAAGAGCUUAGCCAUGCGAUCGCCGCACAGACUUCUGGACCCAUCAUUGAGAAACACAGGCUUCUUCCCAAGGAGAGAAUCACGUCUGUCUGCUGUGGCUUGGUUGAGAUCGAUAUGGAUGAUAUCGUUCGUUUCGUCCAUUACUCUGCGCAGUCGUUCUUCGUGCAAAGAAAAGAGUCGGAAUUUGGGGCUUCUCGCCUUGAUAUUACUUUGGCCUGUGCCAAAUAUCUUUGCAUGGAUGUCUUGGAGCAGCCUGUCGACUCGAAGGAUUCGGAAGAGUCUAUCGAGCACCGUCCAAAUUCUGAGAAGCUCGAGUCUUACCCAUUCGCUGAAUACGCAGCUGAAUACUUACACAAGCACUUUCAGCUUGUCCGCAAUGAUAACGACCGCACGGAAAAGCAUGUUGAACUCAAUCGAUAUAUUCGUAGACUGGUCAACGAGGAGCCCAAGAGAAACUUCUACUGUAAUUUGCUGCGCGACUUGCGGGCUUAUUACACACAUUCAGUCGUUCUGGAAGGCCGCUAUGGCGAGUCAGAUGGUGGGGUUGACGCCACUCCGCUGCACCUUGCUGUCUUUCUAGGCAGCUGCGAUCUUGUGCGAAGCUUGCUGGAUCGUCCGAAUUCGAAUAUUAACGAGCUUGACGGCUCAGAACAAACUCCGCUUGUUAUAGCUUUCAAAAGGGACUUUGGAGACAUUGCAGAAAUACUAUUGGACCAUGGAGCUACCGUCGACCUCUCGACCAAGCAAGGCCACGUCCUUCUUUUGUACGCAGCGCAACGAAAUCAUGAGAAAGCAGUGGGGAAGAUUCUCAAAGGCCUCAAACAGACUGAACUCCCGUGGUCACUUUUCGACUUGGGCGUCUUGCUGGUUGCCCCGCUCAUUCUUAUCCUCUGCUUUCUACACCAAACGCUAACGAAGUCUGAUGGAUCUACAAUUCCAGCUCAGCCUGCUAGCGAAAAAGACACUCACAUUCCUGAUGACAAUGAGAUGGAUCCUUUGUUGGAGCGCUAUGGAAAAGUCCUGAUUCUUGCGUAUGAAGGACACUCCCACGCAUUGGACGAAUUCCUCGCCACUCAUCCCUUCGAUGUUGAUGAUUGCGAUCAUAAGGAUCAAGUUACCCGGAGCGACAGCUGGGAUUCAUCAAGCUCUGGAGUAUCAAGCAACAGAUAUGACGGUAUCAGAGCCCAGGACUUUCUCAACACAGCUUGCUUCCUGGCCGUGGAAGGUGGUCAUACAAGUACAGUUGAAGUGCUACUGAAUCGUGGCGUGAGCGCUGACUUGGAAAAUUCUCACGGUCAACCUCUGCUGCAUCGUGCUACAUUCAGAAACAAUAUCGGCCUCGUUGAGCUCAUUCUGAACAAGGGUGCAAGAGUGGAUCAUGAGGACAGGAAUCAAAGAACGGCAUUCACUGCUCAUGCAAGCAUCGAACGCGAGGAAGUUCUACGCUUUUUGAAAUCAAAGGGUACAAACAUCAACCACACUAGUCAAUACGAAGUGCACGAACUCUACAGAGCCGCUGCAUUUGGGAAUAUUGAGAUGGUACAAUUUUUCCUGGACGCUGGAGUAAGUGCAUCGAUCACCAAUAUCUUCAGCUGGGCACCGCUUCAUGAAGCUUCAGCCAACGGACACCUGGAAUGUGUCCGGCUGUUGUUCAACAAAGGUGCAUACCCUUCUCCAAUAUCCGAUGUGGGGAAAACUCCCCUCGAUCUUGUCAAUUCAGGUGAACUACACUACGACUGGCCUUGUCUUGGUGAGGACUCGGAGCACUACCUGAAUGGUGAAGUGUACAAGAAGAAAGAGGAGGAUCUUCAAGAUAUCGAGCGCAAGGAGCAGAUCAGGGAUCUGUUGCUUGAAAAGGGAGCAAAGACGGCCGAUCAGCUCUACGCAGAAGAUAGGUCGCAGUUCGACCAUGUUUCGUCUUCUUACCUUCCGGACUCUCCCAGAUAUGAAACGGAAUACGAGAGCGACUAG